GUCAGUCAGUCAGUCAGUCAGUCAGUCAGUCAGUCAGUCAGCGAGUCAUUUCGGAGCCCCUGUCCGUCGGAAUUUUGUGAACCGUCGUUCCCCAAUCUCGAUCUCGCACCGCCAUUGCCUCAAGAGUCCCUCGACCGACGUCCUCUCUUCUAUUAUUACCCUCAAUAUUAUCAUACAUAGUCUGCAUCAUCCGCAUCAUCCCCACCACACCCACCACGCCCACCACACCCUGCGGCAGUGAAACUGGUCAUCCACCACCCUCGUGUCUCCGAUCGAUCAUCCCAUUGGUGAGGCACGUUUCUUCCUGGGGAUUGAUUUUCUAGCCUUUUCCGGAUUUAGCCGUGAAUUGACAAUGGCCGACGAGUCUUCCAUGGGAUCUACGUCUCAAGCGGCUUUGCUUCUGAAAAAACAAUUAGCAGAAUUAAACAAGAACCCCGUAGAAGGGUUUUCUGCCGGGCUCAUCGAUGAUAACGAUAUUUUCAAAUGGGAGGUACUUAUCAUUGGACCAGCAGAUACACUCUAUGAAGGUGGAUUCUUCAAAUGUCACUUAAUUUUUCCGAAAGAGUAUCCCCUGAGGCCCCCUAAGCUCAAAGUGAUCACAGACAUCUGGCACCCUAAUAUUGAUUCCAAAGGAGACGUCUGUAUUUCGAUUCUGCAUGAACCGGGUGAUGAUAGAUGGGGUUAUGAAAAAGCCAGCGAAAGAUGGUUACCGGUUCACACAGUGGAGACGAUAUUGGUGUCCGUUAUAUCUAUGUUGGCCGAUCCCAAUGAUGAAUCUCCUGCUAAUGUCGAUGCUGCAAAAGAGUGGAGAGAUAACUAUCCAGAAUUUAAGAAAAAGGUGGCCAAGUGUGUACGCAAGUCUCAAGAAGAUCUUCUUUAGUGAUGCGAUUACACUGGCUUGUUGUUCUGAGCAAUUUCCCCAUUUUUACAUACUGCGACAACAAAGAUACCAUGGAAAUAAAGUUUGGAUAACUCAAUAGAAAAA